AUGUUAGUUACCAUUAAGGACAUUUACCAACAAGCCGAAAAAUUAAGUGAAGACGGGGAAAUUAUUAAAGUUGGUGGCUGGGUAAAAUCAGUUAGAGAAGGCAAAGAAAUCACCUUCAUCAAUCUUAAUGAUGGUUCAACACUCGAUAAUUUACAGAUAAUUAUUUUGCAAAAAAAAUUUUCCCAACUAGAUUUAUUGAAAAAAAUAAAUUUUGCUAGCAGUUUAGUAGUAAGCGGCAAAUUAGUUCUUACUCCGGAAGGAAAGCAAUCUUGUGAAUUGCAGGACACAAAAAUUGAAUUCAUUAACUACGUUGAUCCUGAUUAUCUGUUGCAAAAAAAAAACAUUCCCUUAGAAGUAGUGCGUGACUAUCCCCAUUUGCGAGCCAAAACUAAUUAUUUUUUAACAAUAUUUCGCUUGCGUCAUUCUAUCAGCAAAUCCAUUCAUGAUUUUUUUCACCAGGAAGGUUUUUAUUACAUUCCGACGCCAAUUAUUACUAGUAAUGACACGGAAGGAGCAGGCGAACUAUUUAAUAUUAAUACUAGCGAAAAAGAGCCUUUUUUCCCCAAGCCAGCCAAAUUAACCGUCAGCGGUCAACUGCAAGCCGAAGCACUAGCUCAAGGAUUAGGGAAAGUUUAUAAUUUUUCUCCGUGUUUUCGUGCUGAAAAAUCUCACACUACCCGUCAUUUAGCCGAAUUUUGA